AUGGCGGCACAGUUUGCAGCAGCAGGAGUCCUCACCGGGCUUCUCGCUCUUGCAACAUUUGCAAGCUGCAACACUGAAGGUGACAUACUGUACAAGCAAAGGCAGGCAUGGGAGGACCCAAACAAUGUGCUGCAGAGCUGGGAUCCGACUCUUGUCAAUCCCUGCACCUGGUUCCAUAUCACCUGCAACAACGAUAACUCUGUCAUCCGUGUGGAUCUAGGGAACGCAGGCAUCUCAGGCCCUCUGAUUCCAGAUCUGGGAGGACUUGAGAACCUCCAGUACCUUGAGCUGUACGACAACAUCCUGAAUGGUUCAAUCCCAGCAACACUCGGAAAUUUGUCAAAUCUUGUCAGCUUGGAUCUUUAUAGUAACCUUCUCACUGGAGCCAUACCAACUACACUUGGAGCCAUCAGCACGCUGCGAUACCUGAGGUUGUACGAGAACAACCUGACAGGGUCUAUACCACCAUCUUUGGGCAAUCUGACGAGUCUUGAGAGGUUGGAGCUGCAGAAGAAUGCGCUGAAUGGUGCAAUUCCAUCAUCUCUCGGGAACAUCAAAUCAUUGCAGUUCCUGAAGUUGAACGCGAAUAUGCUGAGCGGCACACUUCCAUUGGAAGUCCUCUCUCUUGUCAUUGCUGGGAAUCUGACCGAGCUAAAUAUUGCAAAGAACGACUUGGCCAGCACUGUCAGAUCAUCAGGUUUAAGAGUGACUGCAAUCAUCCAGGACAAGCUGAAAACUACAUGA